AUGGCCUCCGUUCAAUCGAAUGUGGACUGGCAGUCGACAAAGAACACCAUCUUAGAAAGAAACCGUCAGAUGUUCAACAAUUCAGACAUGAGUGAUAUCAGCUUUACUUGCGAAGGUUCAGACAAGACAUUCUAUGCACAUAAAUAUGUCUUGGCCACAAGUAGCGCCGUAUUUCAUGCCAUGUUUUACGGCGGCUUAGCUGUGAAAGAUUCGAUUCUUCAUUUGUCUGAUACAAACGAUGAAAGUUUGGAGCAGUUUUUGAGAUUCCUUUAUACCGAGAAAUGUACAUUGACCGCAGACAAUGUUGUUACCACGAGGUAUUUGGCAAAGAAGUACAUAAUUCCUUCGCUCAAUGAGAAAUGUGUUAAUUUUCUGCUAGAAAAUUUAAAUCCUGAAAAUGUGCUGGAUAUUUUGGAGCAAAUGAUUCGCUUUGAUGAGAAAGAAUUAGAAAAACAAUGUUGGGAAAUUAUAGAGUCUAGUACAGGCAAAGUGGUAGCCUCUGAUAGUUUCAAUAACAUUAGUCAAACGACCUUGGCUAAAUUACUGAAGCGAGACAUUCUGAAAAUACCAGAAGUAGAACUGUUUCAAGCUGUUUUAAAAUGGAUUGAUUUCCAAUGCUCGCGUAAGAAUUUGAAGCCAACGGGUGAGAACCGAAGGCCCAUCAUUGGUGAAGCAAUCUAUGAUUUUCGAUUUAUUGGCAUGAGCCAGGCAGAGUUUGUUCAACAUGUUUCUAAAUCUGGUUUGUUAACUUCGGAUGAGUUAGUUCCAAUUUACGAAAAAUUUCUUGGUUUUGAUUCGCCUGCGUUGAAAUGGAACCUACCGAACAGGAAACCAGGAAAUAUCGUCAGGUUUUCCAGAUUCUCUAAAAUAGCAGUGGAAGAAGUUCGGGAGACGUGGAGAUAUGGCCGCACACCAGAUCGCCUUUGUUUUUCUGUUAAUGAAGAGGCGUUCUUGCUUGGCGUUCGUUUGUUUGGAGACAAAGGUAGGAGUAAAUAUCAUGUCACUUUUGAAGUUAAAGAAGCCAAAGUAACCGGAACUUAUAUCUCUGAACGCAAUCAAGACGACAUUCCUGGUUUUGAUGUAAUGUUAAACAAACCCGUUAUCCUGAAGCAGAACGAAGUUGUUACUCUAUCUGCAACAAUAGAAGGGCCUCAAUCGUGCGGCAGUAAAAAUGGCAUUCAAUCAAUUACACUCCAGGAGAUCUCUGUGACAUUUAGUAAUUCUCCGCCCCCGCACAACGGAACUCAAGUAAAUCAAGGACAAUUUCAUAAAAUAAUACUUGAGAUUUAA